AUGAAGGUGGCAUGGAGGAAAAUCCUCACCGAAUGGAAAGCAAGUGUACAAGGCAGUCGAGAAACAGUAGUUCAAAAAAGCAGUUUUACAGUUCUGUUGAACAGACUCAUUGAUAUCUUGGAACCAACGAGGGAGGCUAAUCUCAUUUCGGGUUUCCGAAAAUGUGGAAUUUUUCCUCUUGACGUCAAUCCAUUAUUGGACAGGUUGCCUAGAACUAUUGACCAGAUUGCUUUACAAGAUUCUUUUCUACAAAGUCUUGAAGCUAAGAAUGGACGAAAGGUGGAACUACGAAACGACGUCGAACAAAACUAA